CCCUCCUCUCUCUCUCUCUCUCUCUCUCUCUUUCCGCCCUUUCUCCGAUUCCCCCAUCUCUCUUGAAACCAAUCGAAUUCUCGGGUUUCUCCGCGUUCCUUCUAUCGGAUUUCACGCCAGAUAGGAGGUUAGAGGGGAAGAGAUGGGGCACCGAGUCGAUCACGAGUACGAUUACCUCUUCAAAAUCGUCCUGAUCGGUGAUUCUGGCGUCGGCAAGUCGAACAUCCUCUCGAGAUUCACCAGAAACGAGUUUUGCUUGGACUCUAAGUCCACCAUCGGCGUCGAAUUCGCCACCAGGACUCUUCAGAUAGAAGGGAAGACAGUCAAGGCACAGAUAUGGGACACUGCUGGUCAAGAGAGGUACCGUGCCAUCACCAGUGCAUAUUACAGAGGUGCAGUGGGAGCACUUCUAGUCUAUGACGUAACAAAGAGGCAGACCUUUGACAAUGUCCAGAGGUGGCUUCGUGAACUUAGAGAUCAUGCAGACUCCAACAUUGUCAUUAUGAUGGCUGGUAACAAGUCUGACUUGAAGCAUCUACGAGCAGUUUCAGAGGAUGAUGCCCAGGAAUUGGCUGAGAAGGAGGGGCUCUCCUUUCUUGAGACCUCAGCAUUGGAAGCGCACAAUAUUGAGAAGGCAUUCCAGACUAUUUUGACAGAGAUUUAUCAAAUAAUAAGCAGGAAGGCACUUGCUGCUCAAGAGGCAGCAAGCAUAUCUGGACUACCUAUUCAAGGAACGACCAUUAAUAUUUCUGAUUCCUCUGAAAAUGCAAGGAAGGCUUGCUGUUUCACUUAGGUGACUGCCUUUGAAAACAAGGAGGACAACAGCAAAGCGGAUUAGCCCCAGGCAGCUUACAAAGAGAACUCAAACUAUGUGUAGAUUUUCUGAUUUCUUGUGCAUGAUUCUGGGGGCUCUGGAAGGUAAAUUCCCUUUUUUUAGAAGAAAAUUUUCAACUAAAAGAUAGAUGAGUUUAUCAUAGGAUGAGUCCAUAUGUACUUUGCUUUUCUUGCUGCUGAAACACAGAAGAGUAAACAUAUCACUUAACGAAUGCAAUACCCACUUUGUAUUCUUGAUUUGAUUUUCACUUUAAAAUGAAUCUCCUUUUUAGGCUGUCUUUA